AUCUUGCCCAAACUGCACUCUUUUAAGGCUCUUUUAGCUUCUGAACCUGUUUCUCAGUUUUUCUUUCUCUCGCUGCUGGCAUAAGAAAAAGCAAUGUUCGGUUCGCGUGGAUCGAUUGGAUUAUUGACUGAUAUCGGUCAUUGCGUUCUGAAGAACUUGUCGACUAUUUUGCAGUUUCGUUACCAAAGAGUGCAAUGCCUACGUGUUGGUAAUGCUGAGAUUCCAGAUGACAAACAAUUGAGGUUUGCUCUUCAGCACAUCCGUGGAAUUGGCCGCCAAAGAGCUCACCAAAUCCUUAUUGACCUUAGCUUAGAGAACAAACGGACCAAGGACUUGACUGGAUUGGAACUCCACACUCUCAGAAAUGAAGUCUCCAAGUACUUGAUUGGAGAAGAAUUAACGCGAUGUGUUAGAAGUGAUAUACAGAGAUUGGCAGACAUUCAGUGUUACAGAGGAUAUAAUCAUGCUUGCCUGUUGCCAUGCAGAGGGCAGCUUACUAGAACUAAUGCCCGGACCAGGAAGGGAAUGAGAACGCUUGAGAGAAGCAAUUGGGAUGGGCAUCAAUCUCUGGCUGUUAGGACGCAGAAACAUUAGUGACAAAAAAAUAUAAAAAAUAAAAGAGUAUGCUUCUUUUUUGUAUUUGUAUCCUCUCGCUAGUGAUGGCAGUAGGUCAUGGUUAGUUUUGUAUCCUCUUUGUUUGAAGGUGCUCUAUGUUUUGGAAAGGCAGUAUUGUGCUUCUUUGGAAUUGUAUGGUGCCAAUUCAUGGCAAAAUAAAAAACACUCCUCCUGAGCAAUCCACACUUGAUGCAUUUUGUGGUAUCCCAAAA